UCACAAAAAUAUAGCCAUUUUUGAGACUGCAAAAGCAUUUUUUUCACUGAAAAAAAGUCAACCACCUCUUUGCUUUGCUUCGCUUCUGAUCUGUUGGUUUUUUCUUUUCCUUCUGUAAUCGGAAACAAUGCCUAUAGCAGAGAUCUUUCUCUCUGGCUUCGUCAAAUUGCUGUUUCAGAAGAUGACCUCUUUUGCCUCCUCCAAAUUACCAACCUUUGAAGGUAUUGGUGCCCAGCUGACCAAUUGGACCAAUAUGCUGUCUCAAAUUGAAGCUCUUCUGAUUGACGCCGAGGACAAGCAACUGACUGAUCGAGCCGUGAACCUGUGGCUCGAUGAUCUCCAGGAUCUGGCAUAUGAUUUGGAUGAUUUAGUGGAUGAGUUCGCCACCGAAGCUUUGCGACACAAGCUCAAGGCAAAGCCGUCCCAAGCUAGUUCCAGCAAGGUAUGGAACCUCAUCCCUAAUUUCAAGCCGACAGAUGUUAUCUUUAAUUUCAAAAUGAAGUCCAAGAUUGAGGAGAUUAAUACUAGAUUGCACAAUAGUUUUGAACAAUGUUCGAAACUUAAUUUGGUUAAGACUGUUGGACCCACCACACCCACGAAGACUUGGCAAAGACCAGACUCUACAUCUAUAAUUGAUGAGCCUCGUGUUUACGGCCGAGAACACGAUCAGAGUAAGUAUUGAUGCAAAUCCAAAUUUGGUGUCAAUAGGUAAGGAAAUUGUGGAGAAAUGCAAAGGUUUGCCCCUGGCUGCUAAGACACUCGGUGCCCUUCUACGUUGCAAAGAACGAGAUGAGGAAUGGGUAGAUGUAUUGUGUAAUAAAAUAUGGGAUUUAUCACACGAAGAAAGUGACAUCCUUCUAGCUUUGAGAUUAAGUUACCAUCAUCUCCCUUCGCAUUUGAAGCAGUGUUUUGCAUACUGCUCAAUAAUACCCAAGGACUAUGAAUUUGAGGAAGAGGAGAUAGUCUUGUUGUGGAUGGCAGAGGGUUUCAUUCUGCAAAAAAGAGAGAAACAAAUGGAAGAUGUAGGAGGUGAUUACUUUCGGGAAUUGUUGUCUAGGUCUUUUUUCCAACCAUCAAGUACCGGUAAAAGCUCUAAAUUUGUGAUGCAUGACCUCAUCAAUGAUUUGGCUCAAGUAGUUGCAAGAGAAACUUGUUUUAGAUUGGAGGAUAGAUUGAAAUAUCCGGAGCAGUGCAAGAAUAUAAAGAAAGCUCGACAUUCAUCUUACAUGCAGGAGUACCAUGAGGGUAUGAAAAAAUUUGAGAUCUUUGAUGAAGCCACGCAUUUACGGACCUUCUUACCACUUUCCUUAAAAUCUAAUUCAUAUUUUUUUUUGGCAAGCAAUGUUCCCCGUAAUCUAUUGCCGAAGUUAAGACGCUUGAGGGUGCUCAAUAUGAGUAGCUAUGUCAUCAUAGAACUUCCAAAUUCGGUUGGAGAUUUGAAACAUUUGCGGUAUCUUAACCUAUCCCACACCUCCAUUGAAGAAUUACCUGAAUCAGUAGGCUCUCUCUACAAUCUACAAACAUUGAUGCUAAGAGAAUGUGGAGAACUGAAAAAGUUGCCAACAGACUUGGGAAACCUAAUUGAUCUACGUCAUCUCGAUACUACAAAUGCACAUUCCUUAGAAGAAAUGCCACUGGGAAUAGGUAAGUUGGUUAGUCUUCAAACACUAUCCAAUUUUAUUGUUACUAAAAACAGUGGCCAUCAGUUAAGAGAGUUGGGGAAUUUCAUUUAUCUUCGGGGGAAGCUUUGCCUAUCUGGGUUACAGAACGUGGUGGUUCCAUUAGAUGCAAGGGAGGCGAAUUUAAAUGAUAAGAAGGGGUUAUAUGUGUUAUCAAUGGAAUGGAGUGUUAACUCAGAUGAUUCACAAGAUAGAAGAGUUGAAACAGAAGUGCUUGACAAGCUACAACCUCACAAGAAUUUAAAAGAGCUCCAUAUCAAAGGCUACCUUGGUACAAGAUUUCCAACUUGGAUAGGAGAUUCUCUGUUCUCCAAUAUGGUUGACGUAAGUUUAGAUAAUUGUGGAAAUUGUGCAUCCUUGCCACCACUUGGACAACUACCCUCCCUCAAAAAGCUUUACAUUAAAGGAAUGAGUGUACUAAAGCAUGUCGGUCGUGAGUUUUAUGGGCAGGGUGGUGCCAAACCUUUUCAAUUACUGCAGACUCUGAGCUUUGAGGAUAUGCCAGAAUGGGAGUACUGGUAUACUUUUGAAGAUGAUAAGGAAGUUCAACCAUUUACUCAUGUUAGUGAGCUCUCCAUUGAAAAUUGUCCUAAGCUUGUUGGAAUGUUGCCAAGUGAUCUGCCUUGUUUGAAUAAUCUAAAGAUUAGGGACUGCCCCAAACUCUGCGGGAUGAUGCCCAAGGAUCUACGUUGUUUGAAUAAUCUACAGAUUUCAGAGUGCCCACAAUUCCUAGUCGAAGGUUCCAGCAUUAGCCUCCCGUCACUCACCUCGAUAGCUAUGAUUGACGUUCCUCUAACAAGCCUUGAAGCGGUCCUUGAGAUGAGGAGUAUGGUUGAUGAUGAAGUGAUAUCGGCAAAUGCAAAGUCUAAGCAUCCGAGUUCAAUAACUGCCUUGAGCAUUGGGAUGAUUAAGAAACUCGAGCUCUUGCCGAAAUGGGUUACUCAUGGGCUGAUGGAAGUCGAGGAAUUGAACAUUAGAAGGUGUGAAGAACUCAAGACACUGUGGAAGAAUGAGGCGAGACUGCAACACAGCCUCCCUGCAUUCCGACGUUUGAGAAUUGAAGACUGCCCCCAGCUUGUUUCGUUGUUUGAAGAAGAAUGGGUUACUCAUGGGCUGAUGCAAGUCGAGGAAUUGAACAUUAGAAGGUGUAAAGAACUCAAGACACUCUGGAAGAAUGAAGCGAGAGUGCAACACAGCCUCCCUGCAUUCCGACGUUUGGAAAUUGAAGACUGCCCCCAGCUAGUUUCAUUGUUUGAAGAAGAUGAGGAUGAAGAAAAUGAUGGGCAACAUCAGCAACAACAACAAGAGGGACUCCCUAGCAUAGUGAGGCUUGAGCAUCUAACAAUAAUUAAUUGUGAAAAGGUGCUGGAUAAACUGCCACGGCUGCUACAUACCUUCACUUUUCUUCGAGAGUUGUAUGUCUCUAUGUGUCCAAGUCUCGGCUCUUUUCCGGAGACAGGUUUUCCCAGCACGCUGAAAAAUCUUGAGAUACGUGAUUGUGAGGCUCUGCAAUCCUUAUUCGGGUGGAUAACGCAGAUUAAUGACAAUAAUCUUGAAGUGUUACAGGUUUGGAGUUGUCCAUCCCUCACAUGCUUGAUAUCGUGCAGAGGUGGGGGGCUACCACCCACACUCAAAAGCCUUGAUAUUGGGGGGUGUGAAAAGUUGGAGGCACUGCUAGUAGAAGAGGGGAUGGAAAUUAACUGUCCAUCUCUUGAGUCUGUUUGGAUCAUUGAUUGUGAUGGGCUCAAAUACUUGCCAGAUGCCCUUCCUAAUAAUAAUAAUCUCAGGAAUCUCAGUCAAUUGAUCUUGUAUGGGUGUAAGAAUUUGGAGUGCAUUCCGGAAGGAUGGUUCCACUCCACAACAAAUCUGACAAAAUUGAAUAUCAGGGGAUGCAAAAAACUGAAGGCCCUACCACACGGAUUGCAGAGCAUCAACUACCUCACUUCUCUUGAAGAGCUGGAGAUGGAUAUUUCACAAUGGAACAACAACUUCAAGAAGAUUGGUUUGCACAGUUUAUCCUCUCUUAAAGAGCUAACGUUGAUUGAAGGCAAAGAAGAAGAACAUCCGGUGGGUUCCAGCUUUCCGAUAGAUGGGAAGUUGCUGCCCACCUCUCUGAUAUUUCUUCACAUGGAGGGUUUCCGAAAUCUGGAGAAACUAUCUUCUAAGUUGUUUCAAAACCUCGCCUCUCUUGAACAACUUUGGAUCAGGGAUUGCCCUAGGCUCAAAUCUUUACCAGUGCAAAGGCUGCCUCCCUCACUUAAUGAAUUGUGGAUUGAGGGUUGUCCGAGACUAACAGGGAAGUGUGAAAAGGGGAAAGGCAAAUAUUGGCCCCACUUAGCUCACAUUCCUGAAGUCUGCGUUGAUUAUUCUUACUGAGUUCUAAACCGUGUGGAGAUUCCCACCCCAAUACAAGCAGUCAAAUUGCCAGAUAUGUGCUUUCAAGGAUUUGAAUACAAAGAGAGGCUUAUUCCGAUAGAUUUCCUCGUCUGCUUUUAUUUCCCGAGGGAACCACAACAAAUGGAAGAGUUCUCAUUUCUUUCCAACUUGGUGCAUUUGUCCUUGGAUAUCCUGUCCAUCUAGUGAUUUUUCGCUAUCCCCAUGUACACUGUGACCAAUCCUGGGGAAAUAUAGCUUUGGGAAAGCUCAUGUUUAGAAUGUUCAGAGUUUCACAAUUUCAUAGAUGUAUGUUGAGUGAUUUUUUAUUUUUCUAUAGUUGCAUAUACUAAAAAUGUAGUGAGUUUGGCUUCCCCCGCUAUUUUUGUUUAUAAAAUUUUUAGGUAGUAUGGUGUGUGAAGUGGCAAUCCAUAUAUAUAAGUUGUCAUAGUGAUGCCCCAAUUUGCUAUUUUUCUUUUGAUAACUAACUCACUCUCGCAAAUCAUUAAUACUGAUUAUUCAUCAACUUAAAUGUAUAUGCAUUUAUAUGAUGUGUCCCUGACUAUAUGAUAAUUAGAAUUUUGGUUACUGAAUAACUUGUAUGUUGUAAAAAGUUGAAGCCAUUUAUUAAAUUGUACAAGUAGAGUAUCUUCCUAUUAUUUUACCCCUUGAAAAUCAGUAGGAAAAUGUUCCCAUUUUGCUCAGAGGGUGAGUCGACAUUAUUUGAUUAAUCUUUGUUGCCUUGUUGGCUUUAGUUGAUAUUUUAAUAUUAAUUAUAUUCUUAUACAUCAAAGUUUUUAAUGGGCACAUUACAUACAAUUUGUUAAUUUUUUGUAUAUUGUUAACAUGUUCUGUAUUUCGUAUGCUUAAUCUCCUAAGCAAUUCAGAACCAGUGGAUGUUUAACACACCUUAAAUAUUGUAAUUGAAUUUGUGUGAUGUUAUGUCUACUGCAUUUGUGUGUGGAAGCCUAUCCUUUUUUUCGCAUCUGUGCACAAAGAAUUAGCCAAUUGAUGAUUCCUGGUCUUUGGAUUUCAAGUAAUAUUAUAUAUAUACAAGGAUCAAAAUUUCGUUUCCGUGUGUUGUUUCAAAUAGUACAAAAACAAAAACAUCUUAGAAAUAUUUUAUGAAAUGAAGAUAAAAUAGAAAUGUUUGAAAAUAUAAAUUGAAAUAUA